AUGUCCACAACUUUCAAUGUUUUAAGAUAUUCAUUAUUUGGUGCCGGUAUAGUAUACGGAGCAUACCAUAGAUAUUCAUUAGAAUCAGAUGUUGAAAAACAAAAAUUCUUAUCAAGUUUCGCUCAUGAACAAAAAUUAAUCAACAAAGCUAAAAAAGAAUAUGCCAAAUUAACUGCUCCAAAAGCUACCACUGGAGAUGCUAUUAACUGGGAAGAUCCAAACUUAGAUUUUGGUAAAGCUUUGGAAACUUUGGUUCAAAAAUUAGAAUAA